AUGCAUCUGAUAAGUAUUUGUGAUGUCCGUCUGAUCUGGUCUUGUCAAGGCCACACACCCUCCGCCCACGUUCUCCUUUUGCGUGCCGAGCAAGACAGACAAGUAACUGUCCAUUCCAUCCCCUGGCGCUCUUUUGGUCAUUUCCCUCGCCCAGCCUUUUCUACGCCGAAUUCGCCCCCUCCCCCCACCAGAGCCCGCGCGCUCCCGCCGUUGGUCAUUAUGCUGAAGAAGCUGCAGAAAGCGGUUCUCUUCGUGAGGCUUGUGGGGUACACACUGCGGCUCUAUGUGGACUUCAUCUCGCGAUCGUACACAACGAAAAAGAUCACCGCCAACCCUGCAUCGAAGGAUGCCGAGCCGAUCAACAUCGUUGUCGUUGGAGCCUCUUUCGCCGGUUACCAUGCAGCCCGGGUAAUCGCGACAUCACUUCCCGCAGACGGGCCGUACCGCCUCAUUAUCGUCGAACCAAAUCGUCACUGGCAGUUCACGUGGACUCUGCCUCGCUUCUGUGUCGUCGAGGGGCACGAGCACAAGACGUUCAUUCCUUACGGUCCCUAUCUGCCAGCGGGCUCGGAGUCCAUCGUGCGUUGGGUUCACGAUCGCGUCUCGACCAUCACGGAGAAGACAGUAACCAUCCAAGGCACCGGCGAAGAAAUACCUUACUCCUACAUGGUGAUUGCAACGGGGUCCGGUGUCGGCAUGUCUUUGCCAUCGCGAGUAGGGUCAACAGAUAAGGCCGAGGGGGUCCGGUUGCUGGAAAACUUCCAGCAGCGCAUAAAAGCCGCCAAGAACCUGGUUGUUGUUGGAGGAGGUGCCGCAGGUGUUGAGCUUGCAACGGAUGCCAAAGACCAGUACCCCGAGAAGAACGUGACUUUGGUCCAUUCAAGGGACGCCGUCAUGAACCGUUUCGGUCAGGACCUGCAGAUCGGAGCUCUCAAGGGGUUGAAGGAACUCGGCAUCGAAGUGAUCCUAGGAGAACGGACGACUACCGAUUCUCCCGUGGACGGGUUUGUCACUCUUCGUUCUGGUCGCAAGGUUGAAUGUGACUUUUUGGUCAACGCUAUCGGCCAGCAGCCUUCCUCUCAGCUUAUCAGCGAGUUUGCCCCUGAGGCGGUUGCCAAAACAGGCCGCAUUAAGGUCAAGCCGACAAUGCAGAUCGAUGUCGACUCGCUCCCCAACAUCUAUGUCUGCGGCGAUGUGGCCGAGGCGGGCGUCACCAACCCCAACGCCCGAGCUGCCAUGAAGCAGGCCAUCUAUGCAGCCGACAAUCUCGUCCUGGCCCUUCAGGGAAAACCCCCCACCAAUAUUUACCAACACUAUUGGGCAGAUGGUGUUAUCAAGCUGACGCUGGGUCUGCACAAAUCCAUUACGGCUUUCGGAAUCGGAGACACCGAGCUGCUUUUCCACGCCAAGGAGAAGGAGGUUACUCUAAUGAUCGAGCAGGCUUGGACAAACAUGGGAGCCAAACCUUACGAAGACAAAGAGUACCAGGCUGGUAAUGCCCAGGACUCUGGUACGACUAAAGUUCUGGAAGUGGCCAACGAAAUAGUGUGAUCGACAACGUGCCGCAUGUUUGAAGUGCUCGUGUCUCAAAAGACAGAUGCCUAAUCUAGAUUGAUAUGACCUUGGACGGUUGAGCCAAUUCGAAGUCUUGUCUAAUCGAGGAUUCUCAUAGAUUUCUCGAAACCCUGACGCUCUCUAUCGGCGGACUUCCGUCGACCCAAUGACGCGGCUUCUCCCACAUCCCGGGGAUUGACUACGACCCCCUGUCUGCCCCUUGAGAAUAAGGUAGCAAUGCUUCUACCCCGUCGAGGUUGCAGAUCUGGGGUCGAUGCU